AUGACAGGAGCAUCUAAUCUAGAGAUACGAGCCGGAGGCGAUGAGGUAUCGAGGGAAUACCUACAACAUUCCAGUGCUCAGCGUAUCAAUACGGACAUCGUCAUAGUCGAGGCUUUGCGCAAGGAAUACCCGGAGCUGAGACUGACAGUGACACCGGCAUCAAACGUAGAUCUAUUCGUUUACGCCUCUGCAGGACACGCCUCUGUAACACCUGUAGACGACUCUGAAUCGUGGACAUGGCGAGUAUACGCCCCACCUGCACGUCGGUUGGACGGCGGUUCAGGCACUUUGGUCGUCGAUGUGAAAUUUGGCAAAUUCCUGUAUAAGUGGCAAAGCCAUGAGUUCAUUGUCUAUCUGAUCCAUGGACGUGACGGGGGUGCAUCGUAUCCAGACAUCGCGAACUUUUACAUCUUGUCGGCUUCAAAUCAAGCCGCAGAUGAUUUGAUCAAAGCCGCUGGUACAUAUGCAUCGCAGCUACAUGAUCAGGUAUGGGUAUUCGACCAAGGCUUUUGGCAAAAGAGUAAAGAGCUCUACAACAGUUUCCAGAAAGCUUCAUGGGACGACGUGAUCUUGGACUCGAACAUGAAGAAGGAGCUUCUUGCAGAUGUGGAAAACUUCUUUGAUUCAAGAGAAACGUACGACAAGCUGAGGGUUCCGUGGAAACGAGGAACGAUAUAUUACGGUCCUCCGGGCAACGGAAAGACUAUUAGCAUCAAAGCCAUGAUGCGUACGUUAUUCAACCGCAAGGAGCGAGUAUCAACUCUAUACGUGAGAACGCUGAGCAGCUUCGCCGGGCCGGAAUACUCUCUAUCUCAAAUAUUCACGAAAGCCAGACAAGAAGCACCAUGCUAUCUAGUGUUUGAAGACCUUGACUCGAUCGUGGAUGACCGUGUGCGAAGCUACUUUUUGAAUGAAGUUGAUGGCCUCAAGAAGAACGAUGGUAUCAUGAUGAUUGGCUCAACAAACCACCUUGAUAGACUGGAUCCAGGGAUCAGCAAACGACCAAGCAGAUUUGAUAGAAAAUUCUAUUUUGCUGACCCUAACUUCGACCAACGAGUGAAAUAUUGCGAAUUCUGGCAGCAUAAACUGGCAGAUAAUGAAGACAUCGACUAUCCUGACAAGCUAUGUGUAGCGAUUGCUAAAAUCACAGACGAUUUCAGUUUUGCCUACAUCCAAGAAGCGUUUGUGGCGGCAUUGUUGUCAAUCGCAGCAGCGCAGAAGAACCAUGCAUCUCGAAAGGGUAACGACCUUGAUGAUUUGGUGCUGUGGAAGGAGAUACAGAAGCAAGUGAAAAUUCUGCGGGAGGAGAUGGAGGAGAAGCACACUAUAGGAAGUCAUGUGAGAUUGGUACAUCGACACCUGGGGGAUUCUUAA